AUCAUGAAUGCCGUCUUUAGUUGAUGAUCAAGCUGAAUUGCUUCGAAAGAAACUUGACAUUCAUGUGAAGGGAGUUGUAAUGGCACCGGUUUUGUCAUUCACUUCCUGUAGCCUCCCUGAAAAACUCCUGCACAACAUAGAAGCAGCAGGAUAUGAGAUGCCUACACCUGUCCAAAUGCAAGCAAUCCCUGCUGCUUUGAUGGGAAAGAACAUGCUUGUUUUGGCCGAUACAGGAUCUGGAAAGUCUGCUUCAUUUCUAAUUCCAAUAGUUUCUCGUUGUGCAACUCAUCGUUUCACUUAUGUUUCAGAUAAGAAAAAGCCUUUAGCUAUGGUGUUAACGCCUACGAGAGAGCUUUGUAUACAGGUUGAAGAGCAUGCAAAAUUGCUUGGAAAAGGAUUGCCAUUUAAAACUGCACUAGUGGUUGGUGGUGAUGCCAUGGCUAGGCAACUCUAUCGUAUUCAACAAGGAGUGGAAUUGAUUGUGGGAACACCAGGAAGGCUUGUUGAUCUUUUAAUGAAGCAUGAGAUUGAUUUAGAUGACAUAACCACAUUUGUUGUCGAUGAGGUGGAUUGCAUGCUGCAACGGGGUUUUCGAGAACAAGUCUUGCAGAUAUUUACGGCUUUGUCACAACCUCAGGUUUUAAUGUAUUCUGCAACAAUGUCUGAUGGUUUAGAGAAGAUGGCAAACUCUCUGGCAAAAGAUAUGGCGGUUAUAACCGUCGGGGAACCUAACAAACCAAAUAAGGCUGUGAAGCAGCUAGCUAUUUGGGUUGAGUCUAAGCAAAAGAAGCAGAAGCUAUUUGACAUUUUAACAAGUCAGAAACAUUUUAAGCCGCCUGUUGUAAUAUAUGUCGGCUCCAGACUUGGGGCCGAUCUCCUGGCAAAUGCAAUUACAGUUGUGACAGGAGUUAAUGCUGUUUCAAUUCACGGCGAGAAGUCUAUGACUGAAAGGAGAGAAAUAAUGCAGUCCUUUAUGGUGGGUGAGUUCCCAGUGGUUGUGGCUACCGGAGUUUUGGGUAGGGGGGUUGAUCUAUUGGGUGUAAGACAAGUAAUUGUAUUCGACAUGCCUAAUUCCAUCAAGGAAUAUGUACAUCAAAUAGGAAGGGCUUCUAGAAUGGGAGAGGAAGGUCAAGCUAUAGUUUUUGUGAAUGACGAGAAUAAGAAUGUUUUUGCAGAAUUAGUUGAUGUACUAAGGUCUGGUCAAGCGGCCGUACCUCGGGAGCUUAUCAAUUCACAACAUACCACAAGAUUUUUCUCUGGGGGAAAUGGUUCAAAGAAGAGAAAGCAUAGAUGAUGAGUUUUUGUUAUUUGCUUACUUCAAACAUUAAUUUUUUUUGCCCACAUAGAAAAUGCACAUAUAUGUUUGAAAGAUGAAGAUUACUUCAUAUUUAAGUGUACCACAUAUUCAAAUCCAGUUAGUAGGAAGUCUUAGCUGUUUAAGCCUGUAAUUAAUUACAUAAAGGAUGAGAUUGAAGAAUAGUGAAUGAUUCGAUUGUCUCUGUGCUGUUCAAAACUUGGCAUGAACCCAUGACUGUGAUAUUGUCAGAGUGACCUAUUGUCUCUAUUUUCUUACCCUAAACAGUUGGAUUCAACGAUGUAUUGUGAUUGGUUUUGUGAUGUGUUUGUAGUUCAGGACAGCGAGGUGGAGGGCUCUGUUGGCAGGGGUAGUUGCUGGGCAGUCGAUGCUUCUGACAGGGUUAGAGGCACAGCACACAAGUUUGGCCAUUUACAUUCUCAUGCGUGCUUCUGUUUUGGCAUCUCGUUGUGGGAUUAAGAGCAAAAGGUUCCGGAGAAUUUGUAAGCCUCUCACAUGGAAGCAUGGAGACAUUUUCCUCAUGUGUCUAUCUUCUUCCCAAAUAUUGUAUGUAACUAUGCUUAUCUUUCUUAUUAUUUUCAUUUAUUUAUGCUUUUUUAGCUCAGUCUCUCUUGUCUUUUGAAGAUCAUGGCAGUACCCUGGGAUUUCUUAAGAUGCUAGUCUGUGUUUCACUUGAUGGCUUCACAGUUUAAGAAUAAGACAUACUAUUGACAACACGAGUAGAAGCAGCUAGAGAGUAGAAGCAGUUGCCAGUUAGACUGCUGUACCAGCAGAAUGCUCAACUGAAGUUCAAUAUACCAUGCAUAAGCGCAGUACAAUGCUAACACAUUCGUGUAAAUAAAUAUAUCAAAAUAAGUGUCAAAGUAGACAAGUACAAAUUUAUUAAGGAAGGGUCGACGUACUUGAUUCAUCAAAGGCAUGAAUGUACCAGGAGCAUUGGAUUUUUUUUUCUUUCAGCAUAUGGCUAUCUUUAAUGUUAUCUAUAACGGAGAUUAAUAUUUGAAAAGAUGGGUACACCAUGCAUCUGAUGCAACAAAUCAUCAAGUUUUUUGUAUCAGACAUUGAUAUUUGAAGAUAAUCUUGUUUACAACUCAACUACCAAUUCAAGACACAUUCUUCAGCUUCCAUCUUUCUUUGGUACUAAAAUUGCAAGAACAAUAUAAGGGCUAACUGUUUCUUCGAACAACCAUUUCUUGCAGUUUUUCAACUUGAUGUUGGAUUUCGUCAUGCUCAUGUGAACUUACUCUCUAAGCCGAUCUAAUGAGAAUAACACCUCCAUAAAUAAAGUCAAUAGUAUGUUGGAUA